CAAAUUUUAAACCUCUGGAACAUUUUUAAAAAAUUUUCCUGGAACUAGUAAAAAUCAAAAUCAGAUUCAACGUGAAAAUUUACAUCUAUAUACCAAAUUUGAAAUUUCCACUUAAUUUCAAAAGUUAAAAAACGGUGACAAUAACAGAAAAGACCAACAUUUUUCGGGAAUAAUCAAGAACCAAUGCAUAAAUACAUUGUACUGCAAAUAAAGAUCUAAAUAGACGAAAAGAGAAAAUCUAAGGAAGAACGAGAAUACGUUUACGUCAUAAAUAAAUAUUUAAAAAUUGAAACCAAAAGAAUAAGGGAAAGUAUAAGGAAAGACGGUGAGAAAAAGAAAGAAUAAAGAAUGAGUGGAUGACAGGGAAGAAAAAGAAAUAAAGUAAGGAAUUGAAUAUUUUAGCUUCAUUAAACAAAAGAAUGAACCGUUUGAAAAUUCCGAAACGCGUUCCAGAAUGUGGUCGAAAAAGCCUCUUAACUUGGGUAAAUAGCAAACUUCGCACAAAUUUUUAUGAUAUCAACAACCUGUCAAACGGUGCAGCCUAUUGUCGGCUUAUUAAUUUAAUUCACCCAGGAAUAAUCGCAGGGAAGAAAAUCAAAUUAGAUCCUUCUCCGUCGGGAUGUCUACCCAAUUAUAAACUACUUCAGAACGCAUUUUAUGUAUUAAAAGUGGAUAAAGUGAUUCCAGUCGAACAACUUAUUGCAUGUAGUCAGAGGGCAUUGCUAACCUUUACUUGCUGGAUUAAAAUAUUUUUCGAAAUAAAUGUUUCUCUUUAUUCUGAUGUGUCAAAUGUUUCCUCAAAUAAUCCACAAAAUAAUUCAGGUGAUGUAAAAAAAGUUGCGGAAGCUUCAGUAACUUCAGACCUACAAAGUAGACCCGAAUUUGCUAAGAAAACUAAAAAAUUAGAAUCUGUUAUGGGUGAUUUUUCUUCAAAUGAACCAUCCAUUGACUAUUUCUUAUAUCAGAUUUCAGAGGAUAAUCCUCCUAAAGGUUCCGAACAAGUUCGCAAUCAAAUCACACACCUUUUCCAAGAUGAAGAGGAAGAGGAAUUAAAACUGGAAUCUAUUUCAAACGUGUCAUUAAGGGAAUUUGAAGCUUUAGAAGCAAUGCUUGAAAGUAGUCACUGUACAGAAUACCCAACCAAUUCAACAAGUUAUAAGCUUGAUCCACAAAAAGGGCCUUCUUCGAAAAUGUUCCAGAAAGAAUUUCCUUUUGAUGAAGCAUUUAAUCAAUGGUUUGAAAAAGAACUUAAUGUAAAAGGUGGAGGAGAAAAUGACGUCAUUGACAAAAACAAUGAAAGGCAGAUUGCUUAUAGAAAUCAUAUACCACCAAUUAAAUUAUUUGCUGAACCAUCUAUUAACUCUCAAACGUAUAUACAAGAUUCCGAUACAACGAAAUAUCAUCACAAUGAGCGUUCUUUACAAUAUAAUGCAAUUCCGGAUUUUCAAACUAACCUGCAACAACUUCUGGAAUUUCAAAGGUCUUCACCCUCGAAAUUUUCACAACAUCAUUUUACAGACACCGAACCUCUGGCGAGUGCUACUGCUGAACCAGACGUUCACUAUUCCACAUCAUCCUCUUCAAAUACAACAAAUAUGAAGAUCGAUCGGUCUGAUGGUACUUUAAGAGAAGGUUUCAGUUCUAGUCCAACUAAAAGUUUCUUUCAACCAAGACGUUCUUCACCACCUUCGAUAGAGGAAUUACAUCAAAAUAAUAACUUUUCAGGAAAGGAAUUCCACGAGACAUUGAAUUGUGCAGUGCUUGUUGCUACCGGCAUUCAUGAAGAUUGCAAGUUAUCAGACAACAAUGAUUAUGAUGAACACUUGACUGAAUGCAUUUCUGAUGAGAAAAAAUAUAACCUUCUGAAGCUAGAAGAAGAAAAUGAGAAGACUCUGAUUUUUUAAAAUCAGAUAAAAAUAUUCGCGGUUUAGUUUUAGUCAAACCAAUUCAAACAAAUCGUUCCAGUUUUGAUUAACAAAAAGAUACUUAGUUUCAGUGAUGAAUAACUAAUAAAAUGUAAUAAACCUUA